AAAAAGAAUGAGGUCACCGGUAAAGGUCAACUAUGGCUGGCAGCCUGGCACUAAGAUGAUGCAACAACUCCUCUUGGCCGACAGCACCUCACCGGAGAUGGGAUCAUGGGAGGUUGCUACUGUUUCCUCCGCUUCUUGAUCGCCUUCGUACUGCUCCACUUCCACGGCGCCGCCAGUCAGUCCCUGAACCAGACUUGCCACCCCGCCGACCUGCAGGCGCUCCUUGACUUCUCCAAUGGCUUGGACAGCAAGGCCGCCGGGCUCGUCGGGUGGGGUCCCGGCGACGCCGCCUGCUGUUCCUGGACCGGCGUCGCCUGCGAUUUUGGGAGGGUGGUCGGCCUGGAUCUCUCCAACAAGAGCCUCCGCGGCGACCUCUCCUCCUCGGUCGCCUCCCUCGACGGCCUCGUCACGCUCAACCUCUCCUGGAACUCGCUCCGCGGCGCGGCGCCGGCGGUGCUCGGCCGGCUGGCGAGGCUGCGCGUGCUCGACCUCAGCAUGAACGGGCUCUCCGGCCCAUUUCCGGCGAGCGACAGCGGCUUCUCGGCGAUCGAGGUGGUCAACAUCUCCUCCAACAGCUUCGACGGGCCGCACCCAGCGUUCCCGGGCGCGGCGAACCUGACGGUUCUUGAUAUCUCCGGCAACAGCUUCUCCGGCGGCAUCAACUCGUCCACGCUCUGCCUUGCGCCGGUUGAGGUCCUGCGGUUCACGAUGAAUGGCUUCUCCGGCAAGGUCCCUAGCGGCCUGAGCCGAUGCAAGGCGCUCGCGGAGCUCUCUCUAGGCGGCAAUGACUUAUUUGGGAACAUCCCUAGCGACCUGUAUACGUUGCCCAAGUUGAGGAGGCUGAACUUACAGGAAAACCAGCUCACCGGCAACCUCCACAAUGACCUUGGUAACCUAUCUCAGCUUGUGCAGCUUGACUUGUCCUAUAACAUGUUCACAGGCUUCAUUCCUGAUGUGUUCGGAAGUAUGAGGUGGCUUGAAUCCGUAAACUUGGCCUCCAAUAGGUUCGAUGGUGAAUUACCUGCUUCCCUGUCAAGUUGUCGAAUGCUGAGGGUAAUCAGCUUAAGGAACAACUAUCUGUCUGGUGAAAUUGCUAUCAAUUUCAAAUUGCUGCAUAAACUGAACACUUUUGAUACUGGAACCAACAAUCUGAGCGGUCCUAUACCUUCUGGCAUCGCCGUGUGCACCGAGUUGAGGACGUUGAACCUUGGAAGGAACAAGCUUAUGGGGGAGAUACCGGAGAGCUUCAAGGAUUUGAGAUCUCUGUCGUACCUCUCCCUGACAGGAAAUGACUUCAUGAACCUGUCAUCGGCAUUGCAAGUGUUGCAACACCUGCCCAACCUGACCAAUUUAGUUGUCACCAGGAAUUUCCGUGGUGGUGAGACAAUGCCAGUGGAUGGAAUCAAUGGGUUCAAGAGCAUGCAGGUGCUUGUCCUGGCAAACUGUUUACUCACUGGCAUAAUUCCGCCAUGGCUGCAGGGCUUAGAAAGUCUCAAUGUCCUGGACAUUUCAUGGAACAAGUUAAACGGGAACAUCCCGCCAUGGCUAGGGAAGCUGAACAAUCUCUUCUACGUCGACCUGUCAAACAAUUCGUUCACUGGGGAGCUUCCUAUGAGCUUCACACAGAUGAGGAGUUUGAUUUCAAGUAAUGGCUCGAGUGGGCAGUCACCAACAGAGGACCUGCCAUUAUUCAUCAAGAAGAAUUCAACUGGCAGAGGUUUGCAGUACAACCAAGUCAGCAGCUUUCCACCUUCUCUUAUACUCUCAAACAACUUGCUUGUUGGUCCAAUCUGGUCAAGCUUUGGUCAUCUUGUGAAGCUUCAUGUGCUGGACUUGAGCUGGAACAUCUUCUCAGGACCAAUUCCUGAUGAAUUGUCAAAUAUGUCGAGCUUGGAAAUGCUGAAUUUGGGCCACAACAAUCUCAAUGGGACAAUACCCUCAUCUCUAACGAAGCUGAAUUUUCUCUCCAAGUUUGAUGUGUCAUACAACAAUUUGACUGGACAUAUCCCUACUGGUGGGCAAUUCUCCACAUUCACAAAUGAGGAUUUUGAAGGCAACUCUGCACUCUGCCUUCUUCGGAGUUCUUCAUGCUCCGAAAAGGCUUAUUUUUCGGAGGAAAUUCAUGACACGGACAUUGCAAUGCAUAUUACAUACACCAUUGUUGGAGCAGGAUUUGUUUUUGGGCUUCUGGUGGUCUCGACUACUCUGUUGUUUGCAAAGGCUUGGAGGGCUGCGUAUUUUCUGAUGAUUGAUAGGUUCUUUAGUACGCUGUAUGUUUUGACAAUGGUGAACGUGAACAGACUCAGAAGGACAUGGGAGAAUGAAGUUCAUCCUUAAAGAACUUCCGGUGCUGGUUUUCACAGGUUCUAGCUUGGUGCUACUGUAUAGAUGUUUAACUGUACCAUAUAGUAUUACAGUUGUCUAUUGGAAUGUUUGAUCGUAGUAGCGUCAUGAAUGGAUUUAUCAUUUUAUGGCAUCAUAUUCAAGUUGAAGAGUCCUCGAACGGGUCGAUGGAUGUACGCAUUUCCUCGCUCAGGUCCUUGCUACCACUGAUCUACGAA